AUGACGAAGAAAGAGAGAAAUCUGGACCUCCCUGUGGGUUUGGGGGAGGGGAAGAUGAAGAAAUGGCGAGUGGAGUUGGAGAGUCAAAAUGAGCAGACUCGAGGGGCACACACACAAACACAGACGAGAAUGGCAACUCAACACCUGUCCAUCAAGGAAGCAGUUGAGGGGGAGAAGAAAGAGAGGUUCCGCUUCGGGGAAGCUGUGCUGAUCGAUUACCGAUCCCUGAUGGCCACGAGCCCUGUAGCAGGGGCGGAAACACGUAUGUAA